CUGUACGAUUUCAUUAAUUGUAUUUUAUGUAAAUAUGCCUUUCAUAACAAUUAUAUAUAAUCCCAAUAUAACAAUUGUACAGUGUUAAUUUUGUGAAAUACUUGUUUACUUGUCACAGCUUUACAAAUAUUAUUUUAUUAAUGUUUGAUUUUGAUUGAGAACGUAAUAAAUCAUUAAAAUAUCUUUGUGUUACAGAGUUACAAAUUAAUGUCGUCUGAAUGGUCAGGAUAUAAUUGCGUCAAAAUAAUUCAAAGAAGUCAAUGCAAGGGAAAACCAUAUCAAUUUUGUGUUGCUUGCGUAAAAAUGCAGUGAUUUUUAUUUAUUGAAAUCUCCUGUUGAAUUAUUUGAAAUGUAAUAUUGCUAAAAUAUCAUUCAUGUUUUAUCAUAUCAGAUGACAAGUAUCGAUGCCGCUUUCACUGAACGGGGCACUGGGCCAUACACUUUGGCUUUAAAGGUCAAGGUUGUUGCGGUUAAGCCUGCAGAAGUAUACAGGAAGGAUGGCGAAGAGAAAAGAGUCAUGAACUUUGCCAUGAGUGACGGCAUUACCACGGCAAAAGGGAUCUGCUACGACCCGGCAAAGUUUUGUAAAUUGCAGGUGGGCAACACUUUGGUUGUGCGAAACAGCAUUCGCCGAACAGAGGAUGAGGUGAGAGUCCUCAUCUUGACGAGCACAUCGAAGGUGCUCAUGUCGGCACCCCUUCAGGUGCCUCCACAACAUGUGCAGGAGGGUGAGAGGCUUCUGAAUCCACCACCGGCAGAGAUUGUUGCAAUAAAAACUGCACUAACUUCACCUGCAAAGAAACGGGUCUCCAUAAGUGGGAAAGUCACUCAGGAAGACGAGCCAAGAGAGGUGCAGGUCCAAUGUGGAAUGGUCCCCAUCAAGACCAUCACUGUCAUGGAUGACAGUUCAAAGACACAGGUCACUCUCUGGCGUGAUGCCGUUCAAAGUGAUGUGAGGCCUGGUGACCAUGUGACGAUCACCGAUGUGAUCGUCAACAGCUAUCAGAAUGUCCUGUCACUGUCCACAACUGCGAGGUGGAAAAUCCAAAAAACAGAAGCUCCCCUUGUACAGUCUAUCGUCACUGUGGAGGCAAUCGGUGUGAGCGACGGAGUUGCUGAAUGUUUUCGUAACAACGGAGAAAUUGUAAACAUGCCUGCUGAACUUUUCCAGCAGGCAUUAGAGGAGGAUGGACUUGUAAUGCCUGACAUCGAGAUGGCCACUGCAACUGCUCCAAUUGACCUGCAGUUGGUCUCCAAGGGCUCUGAAGUUGUGAGCGUCAUCAAAUUGUAG